AUGAAGAAACGAUACCAGCCGCUCCAGCUGACGGUGCAAUCAUACAUUCUGACUGAAGCACUUCCUGCCCUGGAGUUACCAGAACUGCGCUUUGUGGCCUCUCCUCUCCUGCCCCUCUCGGUGCACUCUACAAGCAUUGACGCUGGGACUGUGUGCGCUGCUCUCCCUACGCCUUACCCGCUCUGCCUCGUGGAGUGCUACCAGCCUGUCUCUCAACCCAGUGUCCUGCAGUCUGCUCAAGCCAGCUACCAGUCUAUGCAGCAGCCUAGUGGCCAAAAACCAGGAGUGACCCGAUACCAGCCUGUCUCUAAACCCAGUGGCCUGCAGUUGGCACAAGCCAGGUACCAGGCUCUGUCCCAUCUCCGUCGACUGCAGUUAGCACAAACCAGCUACCAGUCUGUUCCCCAACCUAGUGGCCUGCAGUCCGCACAAGCCAGCUACCAGUCUAUGCAACAGCCUAGUGGCCAAAAACCAGGAGUGACCCAAUACCAGCCUGUCUCUCAACCGAGUGGCCUGCAGUCAGCACAAACCAGCUACCAGUCUAUGCAACAGCCUAGUGGCCAAAAACCAGGAGUGACCCAAUACCAGCCUGUCUCUCAACCGAGUGGCCCC